CAGCGCCAAGAAAAGCCAGCCUCUCUCCCACAAAUACGCACACAGAGACAUUAUUCCCCUCUCCUCCCUUGGGAAACCUUUUGAGCUUUCUUCUUCCAGCUCCUGUCUCAGAUCUCCUCCUUACCUUCUUUGGCACAUUCGGCGUGAUCGCGUCUGGCCGGAGAUCCUGCCGAGCUCAUCACCGUACUUGCUCUUUGAGGGCCAUCUCCAUUUUCAGUGUGUGAGAGGAGGAAGAUUAAGAGAGAGAUGGGGAGGGGAAAGAUUGUGAUCCGCAGGAUUGACAACUCCACGAGCCGGCAGGUGACGUUCUCAAAGCGGCGGAACGGGAUCUUCAAGAAGGCCAAGGAGCUCGCCAUCCUCUGCGACGCGGAGGUCGGCCUCAUGAUCUUCUCCAGCACCAACCGCCUCUAUGAGUACUCUAGCACCAGAUUUCUCCCAGAGAGAUUGCGUGGAUCUAACUUCAUGAAGUCAGUGAUAGAUCGAUAUGGCAAGGCCAAGGAAGAGCAGCAGGUUGUCGCAAAUCCCAACUCGGAGCUUAAGGAUGGUCUGGAGUUAGACUGAUCCGGCAGCUUUGCACCAAAUACUCCUUGGGUAGGAGUAUUGAUAUUAUCUCGGUCAUGUUUUUCAAUUGCAAAGGACAUGUGUUUUAGGUUUCAGUGUUGGGGAGAACUACACAUCUAAUUACUAGAUCAAAGAAAAAUUGGAAUUUGAUUGGAUAGAUUUCACUAUAAAGUUCAUUUUAGAUACAGGUGCUUGGGUUGUAUUAUUCACAAGUCACUGUAUUUUUAACCAAUAAAAGAGUAACUGUGACUAAAUGGUUCCUGAUGUCAUGCAUGUAUUCUGCAGCGGUCGAACAUUCUUUGAAUUUUAUCUCAAAUUGCAGAUUUGAGUUGAGAUCACACAUAAGUUAGAAUACACGUGUUUGUUAGCAAGACAUCAUGCAUGAAAUGUUUGAUCUUUGCUAGCUAAUGAAGAAUGUAGGAUAAUUUCCUUAAUUUUCUAGAUGUGUUUGAUUAAACCAAAUAAGCAAAUUAAACAAAAGUAAUUUGAACUACUUGAGCGUAUUGGUUUGUUUGUUCUGUUCGUCCAUGCUUUCCAAAACUCCAAAAAGGUUAACUUGAUCAAACACUUCCAUAUUAUAUGCAUGAAUAUUCAGUAAACAAAACUAAUAUAGAAAGUAGGAUGUUAUGUGAAAUUAAAUCCCAUCAUAUUGGCUAGGGUAUUACGACUUUUAUUAUUCGGUGCAGAUUUGUAAUAACAGAAUUUUAAGGAAUCAAACAGCUAACUAUAUACUAAUAAACCAAAGAAUAAUCAACCACAUGCAUGAGAUGACCAUACUAGCUUGGCGAUUGGGGUAUGAUACUUCUUACCACGGACUCAAUAUGGUUGUUAUCCUAUGCUUUCUAAAACAGUACCAAGAUGCAGUCUAGUAUUUCAUAAGAAUUCAACUUAAAAGAAAUAUGAUGAUAAAAAUCGUUCACAACUGAAUGUGAACAAGACAAGGUGUAAGAAAAGGUCCCAUUGUUAUCAGAAAGAAUAUAAUUAAGUGGUAGUCUAUUGAUAUCACUUCUUAACUAUAUUUUGAUCAACUGAAAGACAGGCAGCUGCUAGCAUAGAAGAACUACUCUUUUAUAUUAAAAUGAACUUACUUCAACGCCUCAAAUUGCUGGAAAAAUAGUUACGAACCUUAAAAAUAUUAGUGAAAGGCGAAUUUGAACUUGCUAGCAUUAUUAAGGGUAAAUAUGGAAAUGUAUUUAAUGUUUCUGCUAAUACAUGAAAAUCAGGUGCAAAAGUUUCAAAGUUCUAAAAAGAAAAGGAGAAAAAAGGCAUAUACUUUGACAAUAACAAAUUCACGUUGAUCAUUAAGUAUUUGUUUUUCCAUAUAUCUCAAAUGUAGUUGAUUUUGGUCUCAGACAGUUUUUCAUCUAGGGCCUGUUCUGCCUUAUAUGAUACGCUGCUUUGAACUUCAUCGUCAUUGCUAGACCUGUGCAUAGUGUGUUUUUUUUUUUUUUUUUUUUGAGAAGGCUAGACCUGUGCAUAGUUGAGGCUGCCUCAAACAGUUGGGUUGCACUUUAGACAGAGACAAGGUUCUCAUGCCUACUCGUUCAAGUCCACAUAGUCCGGCCGAACCAUACUCAAAUGGAGUUGGACUCAACAGACAAGAUGUGAAAAAUCAACGAUGGGCUAUCAUUCAAACUUGCACUGCCCAAUCCCCAAAGACGUAUGGGCUUUAAAUCUUGGGCCGGGCUAACUAGUAGAUGAUCGAGAGUCUGAAAACG